UAAGAAUGUGCAAGUGACAUACACACAAUGUUGUUUUGUUUGAUUGAGGCUUCUGAACAGUUUCUGACACCGAAAUUGAGCCAAAAAGUUGACCCUCUUUGGAUGAAUGAGAAUAUCAUGUUCCUCACAUUAAUACAACAUGGAGAUUCCAACAAUUGAAAACUCCUAAACACCCUUCUCUUCCAACCCCGUUUCAUGCUUCCUUCCAAUCCUUUGGUGUGAUUUCAAUCGUUUCAUAAGAAAACAGCACUCAGUUCUUCUUCUUCUUCUUGUUCUUUCAUCAAUCAUCAUCUUUUUCAUUCAAUUUCUCUGAUUGACAAAAUUGCCACACAGAUCAGUGAUUGACCCAAUUGAGAAAAACCUUAAAAGUUCCUUUUUUAUAUUUUAUUUUUGGAAUUCUUGCUGGUUUUGCAGGUGCCCCAGUUGGGAAUUCAAGAUGGUUCUGUGAUUUAACAAGGGCCUCUUGAAAUACUACUCAAGUGAGAUACUUUGAUUUAACUCCCUUUGUUCAUGGAUGGAAAACUCAAUUGAAGUAAUUCACUGGACUACUUUGUCCUCUUGGUCUGAGGUUGAAGCUAUUUGAUUUCUGAAUUUCGCUAGUUUCUUAAUCUGAGUAUGGCUGGGAACCAAGAUCAGUUAGAGAUCAAGUUUCUGUUGAGUGAUGGUACAGAUAUUGGCCCCAAAAGUUAUGCUGCUGCCACUAGUAUUGCAACACUGAAAGAAAGUGUUCUUGCUCAAUGGCCAAAAGAUAAGGAGUAUGGACCAAGAACUGUAAAAGAUUUGAAGUUAAUUAGUGCCGGAAAAAUAUUGGAGAACAACAGAACAGUGGGAGAAUGUCAGAGUCCCCUGUGUGAUCUACCUGGUGGAGUUAUAACAAUGCAUGUGGUUGUGCAACCACCUUCUGUGGAGAAAGAUAAGAAAGUAGCAAGUGAAGCGAAGCAGAGCAAAUGUGUUUGUGUGAUAUUAUAGUGUCCAAAUUGAAUAGAAGUUGUCAUGUAUUUAGGUGGUUAAAAGUUACACUUGUAUUCAUUUUAAAAGUAAUCUAUGGCUUUCAAAAGAUUUCCUCAUACACAAAUUCUUUGGGUGCAUGCCUCAUUGUCUGAUUGAUGUAAAUGCUGAUUGAAAUGAACUCUAAAAUUAUUCUCGUGCUUCAGCUUGAUGCAAAGUGCACCUAUAGCUAAACCUGUUGAAAAUGUGCCUUAAUUUACGUAAUGUUUGUUUA